AUGUAUGGAUCUACCUGUUACAAUGAGAUAGAUGGAAGCACUUAUACAGAUAAAGAGAUUAUUUUCCCCCCAGAGUUGUUAUUGAGGAAAUUAACUCCUUUGAAUUUGAAUGGGUCAGGAGGACUUAAAUGGUAUCGACCUUUACAACUUGCCCAUUUGCUCGAGUUAAAAGCAAUAUAUCCAGAAGCAAAACUUCUGGUUGGUAAUACUGAAGUUGGAAUUGAGAUGAGAUUGAAGAGAAUGCAUUAUCAAGUACUUAUAUCUGUUAAUCAUGUACCUGAACUUAAUGUGUUGAGUGUGAAGGAUGAUGGAAUAACAAUAGGUGCGGCCGUGAGGCUUACUGAACUCUUAAAUUUAUUUAAGAAAAUUGUUGCUGAGCAUGCUGCCCAUGAAAAGUCAGCAUGCAAGGCAUUCAUUGAACAACUGAAAUGGUUUGCUGGAAUGCAAAUAAGGAAUGUUGCAUCCGUUGGAGGGAAUAUUUGUACAGCCAGUCCUAUAUCUGAUUUGAACCCUCUUUGGGUGGCUUCAAGAGCAGAGUUCCAAAUUAUUGAUUGCAAAGGGAACAUUAGGAAAGUGGCAGCGGGAGAUUUCUUCCUUGGUUAUAGGAAGGUGGAUCUAGCGAGUGGUGAAAUUUUACUUUCUGUCUUUUUACCGUGGACUAGGCCUUUUGAGUAUGUGAAAGAAUUUAAGCAGGCCCAUAGGAGGGACGAUGAUAUUGCAAUUGUGAAUGCUGGAAUGCGCGUCUUUCUUGAAGAAAAAGGCCAAAAUUGGGUUGUUUCAGAUGCAUCAAUUGUUUAUGGUGGGGUAGCUCCACUCUCUUUAUCUGCAAUAAAAACUAAGGAAUUUCUCAUUGGGAAGAAUUGGAAUAAGGGACUGUUGCAAGAUACUUUGAAAGUCAUACAAACGGAUAUUCUGCUUAAGGAAGAUGCUCCAGGUGGGAUGGUGGAGUUUCGAAAAUCUCUAACUCUUAGUUUCUUCUUUAAAUUUUUUCUAUGGGUUUCUCAUCAGCUAGAUGGUACAAAAUCCAUUAAGGAAAGCAUACCAUCAUCCCAUUUGUCAGCUGUGCAGUCAUUUCAUCGCCCAACAGUGAUAGGAAGCCAAGACUACGAAAUUAGAAAGCAUGGGACAUCUGUGGGCUCUCCAGAGGUUCAUCUCUCAUCAAGACUGCAGUCUUUCAUAUCUUCAAUAAUUUUUGGUAUCGGGUGUUUGCAGGUUAUAGGAGUGGUUGUUGCUGAUACACAUGAAAGUGCAAAGCUAGCCGCAAGAAAAGUUCAUGUGGAGUAUGAAGAGCUCCCUGCAGUUUUGUCCAUAAAAGAGGCUAUUGCUGCUAAAAGCUUUCAUCCCCACACAGAGAAAUGUUUUAGCAAAGGAGAUGUCGAUCUAUGCUUUAGUUCUGGACAAUGUGACAAAAUCAUAGAGGGUGAAGUUCAAAUUGGUGGCCAAGAACACUUUUACUUGGAGCCGCAGAGCAGUUUGAUUUGGACAAUGGAUGGGGGCAACGAAGUUCAUAUGAUAUCUUCCACUCAAGCCCCUCAGAAGCACCAGAAGUAUGUGUCACAUGCUCUUGGUCUUCCAAUGUCAAAAGUAGUUUGUAAAACCAAACGUAUUGGUGGCGGAUUUGGUGGGAAGGAGACAAGGUCAGCAUUUGUUGCAGCAGUGGCUUCUGUCCCUUCCUAUCUGUUGAAUCAGCCAGUAAAAAUUACACUAGACAGAGAUACAGACAUGAUGAUUACUGGGCAUCGUCAUAGCUUUCUGGGAAAGUACAAGGUUGGAUUUACAAACAAGGGAAAAGUGUUAUCAUUGGAUCUCGAAAUCUACAACAAUGCUGGAAAUUCACUUGAUCUUUCUCUUGCUGUCCUUGAACGUGCUAUGUUUCAUUCAGAUAAUGUCUAUGAGAUACCAAACAUUAAGAUUGUAGGAAGGGUUUGCUUCACUAAUUUUCCCAGUAAUACUGCUUUUAGAGGUUUUGGCGGUCCUCAAGGUAUGCUUAUAGCUGAGAAUUGGAUCCAAGAAUUGCUGUCGAGCUGAGUAAAAGUCCUGAGAAAUAAGAGAAAUUAAUUUUCAAGGUGAAGGGUCAAUAUUGCAUUAUGGUCAACAACUUCAACAUUGUACGUUGUCCCAGCUCUGGAAUGAGCUGAAAAUUUCUUGUGACUUCUUGAAUGCUAGCAAAGAAGUUGCCCAAUUUAAUAGUCAGAACCGGUGGAAGAAGCGGGGUGUCGCAAUGGUUCCAACAAAAUUUGGGAUAUCAUUUACAACCAAGUUCAUGAACCAGGCAGGGGCACUUGUUCAUGUCUACACAGAUGGAACUGUUUUGGUCACACAUGGAGGGGUUGAGAUGGGACAAGGAUUACACACAAAA